UUCAUCUUCCUGUGGUAUCGUACCGUAUAUUUCUGAUGGUAGUGCUGGAUAAAAUCAUUGUUAAAUAAUGGACAUUUCCGCUGGAUGAUUGCAAAAUAUUAAGACAACAGGACAUGUUUUUCAUAAUUGAAGACGACCAUGGCAGACAACAAAAGGGAGGCCUUAAAAACAAAAUGUACCAGAUUGGCAGUCGCAGCGAUUGAUUUUGGAACGACAUAUUCGGGAUAUGCUUUUUCAUGGAGACAUGAAUGGAAAAAAGUACAAGUAAACCAGUGGAACUGUGGAGACUUUUUAUCAAGCAAGGCUCCGACGACAAUCCUCCUAAAACCAGACAAAUCAUUUUACGCUUUCGGGUUUGAAGCAGAGACAUUAUUCACAAGCAUGGCAGAACAAGAAUCUGACUCGGAAGAUGAUGAAGAGGAAGGACCGAAAGAAAACUGCAAAGACUGUUACUACUUUCACAGGUUUAAAAUGCUGCUACAUAAAGACGAAAGACUGCAUCGUAACACUGAGAUAAAAGAUAUAACUGGGAAAAAGAUGAAUGCUAUGGACAUAUUUUCCAUGUCUAUUAAAUAUUUGAAGAAUUCUAUGAUGGACAUAAUGAAUAGUACAAAGACCUUUGAAAUGUUAGAAAAAGACAUCGACUAUGUAUUGACAGUGCCAGCAAUUUGGGGAGAUGCAGCUAAAAUGUUCAUGCGAGAAGCAGCGGUUAAGGCUGGAAUACCAAGUGACCAACUAACCAUCGCUUUAGAACCAGAGGCAGCCUCCAUUUACUGUCAGUAUAUGUACCUGGAGCAAGAGUAUGACAAAGAUCCUGAUAGUACAUUCCAGAAGCAGGUGACAGAAAAAUCCAAAUACAUGGUUGUAGACCUUGGAGGCGGUACUGCUGACAUCACCGUUCACAAGCAAGCAGACGAUGGAACAUUAGAGGAGAUGCUUCCUGCCACUGGAGGACCAUUAGGAGGAACGUCUGUAGAUAACGAGUAUGCAGAUUUCUUGGAAACAAUCGGUGGAAAGGGAGUGUUAAACAAGUUUAAAGAACAUUGUUUGGAAGAUCAUUUAGAUAUAUUCAGAAACUUUGAAUCAGCAAAGCGUGCGUACAAUGGAAAAAAAGUUAGGAUUAAAAUCCCAGUAAAGUUUGAAAAUCUUAUUAAAAAAGAUAAAACCAAGGGAAGUAUAAGCAAGGCGCUUCGAGACUCACAAUACAAAGACCAUGUUACCUAUGCGAUUAAUAAACUUGCCUUGGAACCUUCAGUAUUUGAAGAAUUGUUCAAGAAAGCCGUAGAUGGGAUUUCAAACUUUAUCGAAGAUAUCCUAGCUAACAAAUCUUUUGACGAUGUGAGAACCAUCAUCAUGGUUGGAGGCUUUUCAGAGUGUAGCCUUAUUCAAAACGCAAUCAAGACAAAAUUUUCAUCAUAUCGAAUCAUUACACCUACUGAGGCUGGGCUUGCUGUUAUUAAAGGUGCCGUCUAUUUCGGUCAUUUGCCAAAUGCCAUAUCAAGGCGUGUCUCACGAUAUACGUAUGGAAUCCAAAGCUGGCCAGAAUUUACUCCAGGGAUAGAUCCACCAAGUAAGGAAAUUGACGUUAAUGGAUCAUUGCGAUGCAAAGAUGUUUUCUUUCCUGUUGUUCGGCGUGGAGAACAAAUUCCUGUAGGUUUCAAAAAGUCUCAAGUUUUUCAGUCUUUAAAACCAGAUCAAAGUGAAAUGGAAUGUGCAAUUUAUGUUUCGGAUCAAGAAAAUCCACGAUUUAUUGAUGAUGGAAGUUGUAGACAAUUGGGUAUAUUGAAAGUACCAUUACCACUGGGAUUUAGUUCUGCGGAAAUAGAAGAAACAAUUAUAUUUGGUGAAACGGAAAUAAAAUUUGUUGCACACCAGAUUGGAUCUGGUAAAGUACUGGAGACAUCAUUUGAUAUGUUGGACUUUAAAAAUCUCCCCGGGUCUUGAUUCCGGUAUUUUCUUGGAAUUGUGAAUGAUUGAUAUAACAAGGUUAAGUGAACAAAAUUCUGAUUUAUAUGACUGCCUCCAAAUGUGAUCGUGCAAAUGUGUUCAACACACAAAUUCAGCACUGAGUUAGUGUCUUAUGAUGACAUAUUGAACGAAUGUAUAUCAUGUACUUCAUAUGCACAUUUGUACUAUUUUUAUGAACAUAAAAGUUCUUUGAAUUCAUACAAAGUAUUAUUAAUGCGAGUCGAGCAUUAUUUUCAUGUUGUAAUUUUAGGACAAUGCUCAGUACAGUUAAGCGCCAUCUAUAUACUGAUCAGAAAACCUUUCUGGGAAACCAGAAUAGUUACGUACAAAGAAACACUCCCCCUCCAAGUCGUUUCAUCGUAUGGCAUGGGCUUUCUUCCGCAAUACAAAUUCCUUAAGAUAUCCAUCAUUAAUGAGGAAAAGUGUGAGGUGAAGUCCAUAGGUUAUAAUUAAAUUUUUUUGAUUAGUAAAUAUCGUGAAAUUAAUUAAAAACCUACUUUCGUUUUCCGUGAAUUACUCUGAAUAGCAAACAAGAAAGCGAAGUGGUAAACACGCUUUGGCAGAUCUAAGCCAGAGCAUCCCCCCCCCCGAAAAGAAUAUGAAGUAAAUCCGUAAAUAUAUUUUGGUCAUGUAAUAUCUUGAUAAUCUGUAAUCAGAUUUUGCUUGCUUAGUAAGUAAGGUAUCCCGCUACAUGAAAACUUAUACAUUUUAUGACACAACGUCACAAGAUGGAGAUUCAAAUGAUUUGUGAAAUUACUUGACAUAUCGAUCGAUUUGUAAGUAUAUCUACGAAGCUCAACAGAUAAGGUCUGGAGUUACAGACCCAUAGAUUCUGAAUUCAAGUCCGCCAGUGUCAUUUGUGUUAUUUAUUGAAAUAAGUUUUUCAAAAUCAUAUUUGUCUCUCCAAAAUCGCAUGUUUUUCCUUUUUGACAUAUGUACCUAUACAUAUCAUUGUAUCUUUCAUGAUUAAAUCAGAGUCUUACUCUAUACACCUCUAGUACCAGUUGUAUCAUUAACAAUGGGAACUUAUCUAAAUUCUUCAGUCUUGAACAAGGCGGUAGACAAGGAUAUCUAUUGGCACCAUAUAUCUUUAUUAUUACAGUAGAAUUGUUGGCUAUAGCACUUAAAGAAACUCGAAAUAUUAAGGGUAUAACUGUGGCUGGAAGAGAAACCAAAUUAGGCCAGUAUGCGGACGACUCUUUUUUAACGUUAGAUGGCAGUGAAAAAUCACUUAGAGAAUCUAUGAGAGUCAUUGAUAUGUUUAGAAUGAUUUCUGGACCACGUUUAAAUAUUUCAAAAUCACAAGCAAUUUGGUUGGGGAGAAAAUCAGGUUCGGCUGAAACUUUGUGUAAUGAUCUGAAAAUAAAAUGGGGAAAUAGCAAUUUUAAGCUCCUCGGAAUAGUAUUUACAAAAAAUCAAGAAGACAUGACGUUAUCUAAUUAUCAAUCUAAAAUCAAUGCCAUUAAAAAAUUGCUAGGUUUGUGGACUGAAAACGAGAUUUAACUCCAAUAGGUAAAAUCACAGUUAUCAAAACUUUAGCACUCCCAAAGCUCAUACACUUAUUUUCAGUAUUGCCUGACCCACCUAAACAUUUUCUGGAAGAGUUGAAUAAAAUAUUUUUAAAAUUUAUUUGGGGAUACAAGGUAGAAAAGUUGAAAAGAAAUAGUUGUGGGUAAUUAUGAUGAAGGGGGACUAAACAUGGUAUAUUUGACAUCUUUUAUAUCUUAUAUUAAGCUGAAACGGGUCAAAAGGUACCUUGCAGAUAAUGAGGGUAUAUGGCAACAUAUGUUGCAUAGCAUUUUAAAUUUUAGAAAUGUUGAUUUCAUUUUUCACCUAUCCAAAGAAAAACUUAAUGAAUUUGUAAAACAUAUUGACAAUGUGUUUUGGAAAAAUGUGUUUAAAGCUUUAUCAAGACUUAAAGAAGGCUCUCUUUCUGUUACAGAUUAUUUGAAUUUAAAUAUAAGAACUUUGUUGAUGUUAAAAAUGGUAUUUUUAUACAAAUUGGGUUAACAGAGGCAUUAAGACCUUGAAUGACUUAGUUUUGCAGAAUGGAACAUUCAAAUGUUCUACUGAUGUAAGAGAUGUGGUUGGUAGAAAGAACUUUUUGAGCUAUUAUUGUCUAUUUUUGAGCUAUUACCCAAAAGAUUAAAGGACAAAUUGCUGAUUUUAAAAACAAAGUACAUCAUGAAUUGUUCAGUCCAAAUCAAUGCAUUGUACAGAAAAUGAACUUAAGUUCUAAUGUUAAAUAUUUAUAUCAAGUUUUGAAGGAAAAGGAGUUCAAAGCCCCACAACUCAAAAGAGAGAAGUGGGAAACAUAUCUCUGUGAAACUAUUUCAGAAAAAUGUUGGGAAUUUUAUUAAUGAAUGCAUCAUUAUGCACAAAAGAAACAGAAUUAAUUUAUUUUCAAUACCGUAUUCUUAUGUGUUAUAUAGCUACAAACUCUUUCCUUCACAAACUUAAACUUGUAGACAAUGACUUGUGUUCAUUUUGCAAAAGUGAAAAAGAAACAGUCACUCAUAUUAUUUAUGACUGUGUGUAUGUAUCUGCCUUUUGGAGAGAUUUUGUGAAAUGGUACAAUGCAUUUGAAAAAGAUUAUAAAAUCACAAAAAGAAGUGUGUUAGUAGGCAAUAUUGAUGGAAGUUGUUUGGAAACUUUUCUUCUUUUGUUAGCAAAAAAGCACAUUUAUUACUCCAGAUCACAGGGCUCAAGACCCAAAUUGUCAGAUGCAAUUAAUUUGUUUAAAUACUAUAGAAAUUUAGAAAAAUAUUGUCAAAAUGUAUUUCAUAGCAAAUUCAAAAUGCUUGAUAAAUGGGCAUUGUAUGAUAAUAUAAUGGACAAGUAGUUGGUUGAAAAUCACAAUACAUUUAUAUGAAAAAUAAGAUAAUUACCUUUAUCUUUGAAUGUGUAUGUGUAUAUAUGUAUGUUUAUGUGUGUGUACAUGUAUAUAUUUAUGUUUGUGCAUUUAUAUAUUAUAUAUACAAUUCAUUGUUAUGUUGAUACAGAAGGUGCAUAGAGUAAUUGCAAGUGUGAAUGAGCGAGUGUAGAUUACAGUUUGUGUGUAUAAAUGUGUUGAAAAUACAAAAA